AUGUCUAUGCCCAAGGAAUUCGAAAGUUUUUCGGAUCUGGUUCAAGAUGCUUUGGACGACUUUGGGCCCCAGGAUGAGUCUUAUUUUUACCGAGUCCUCAUUGAGACAGUGCAGAAGUUUGGCCCCUGGAGAAAGGAUCUUGUGCCAGACCUUGUGCUGAGUCCGAUGUCACAUCUGCCCACUUUCAAAGCACGAGUAGGCAGAGAAAUCUUUCCAUUGAUCAUUUCUUCUAUGCUGCUGGUUCACACUCACUGGUUAGGUUGUCAUCAGUACACUUUCGAUUCAAGCCUAUCCGGUGGCACCCUUACAUUUGAUAAGAGCAACAGGCGGACCGUCCAGUACUGGUUAGGCAAUGUUAUAGAUCGCCUUACUGCAUUAUGCAGGGAGCCCCCCAAUCUCCUUCAACUUGGUUCUACCUCCUGCCCCAUUCUUCCUGAUGCCCAAGUCCCCACUUUACAACACCUCAUCAACCAUGCGGUACAUCUAGAAACGAACUCCCAGCACAUAAUCAGUCACAUUUAUUAUUGUGCGGCCACUCUGAGAGAGAUGUGUGAGGUAGGACCACUGGAGUUUUUUAGCGACAAUACAGAAAGCGAAAUUCUGCCUCACCACCAAACAGUAUGCCUCCUUCUUAUCCCAGUUAUUCCUAUGUCAGCCCCCUCAUAA